AUGAAUAUUGAUGAACUUUUAAAUUAUCAGCCUGUAAAACCUUCAGUCUCAUCAGCUAGUACUUCAACAAAUAAACGAACUACUGAUGCAACAUUAUCAUUAACUGCUGGAUAUCCUAAACGAACUAAACGUCCAAUACUUGAUGAUGUACCUAUACCAUCAAAUGGUUCAUCAAUAACGAAUACAAAUCUUGCAUCAUUAAAUACUGAUGAACGUGAUAAACUUUUACAAAUACUUGAACAAGAAUCAUCUACUGAAGAACUUGAUGAAACAUCUUUAAAACGUAUGCUUUCACAACUUGAAAAACGUAUUUCAAAAAAUCAAGAAAUGCGAAUUAAAUAUCCAGAUAAUCCAGAAAAAUUUAUGGAAUCUGAAAUUGAAUUAAAUGAUGCUGUACAAGAAUUACAUAUUAUUGCAACACAAUCUGAACUUUAUCAUGUACUUGUUAAUAUGAAUGGUAUAACUUUAUUAAUGAGUUUAUUAACACAUGAAAAUACGGAUAUUAGUAUUGCUGUUAUUAGUCUUAUACAAGAAUUAACAGAUGUUGAUACAUUAACAGAAAGUGAACAACAAGCUACAUUUUUAAUUGAUGCACUUGCUGAACAACAAAUUGUUUCAUUACUUGUUCAAAAUAUGGAAAGACUUGAUGAAAAUGUUAAAGAAGAAGCAGAUGGCAUACAUAAUUCACUUGCUAUUGUUGAAAAUAUGACAGAAUUUCGACCAGCUUUAUGUGUUGAUGCAUGUAAACAAGGUCUAUUAGCAUGUUUACUUAAACGUUUAAAAACUAAAUCACCAUUUAGUUCAAUACGUCUUUAUUGUUCAGAAUUAAUGUCAAUUUUAUUACAAAAUCAUGAUGAAAAUCGUCAAAUGCUUGGUGAAUUAGAAGGCAUUGAUAUACUUUUACAACAACUUGCUCAUUACAAACGACAUGAUCCUCAAACAAGUGAAGAAUUUGAGUAUAUGGAAAAUUUAUUUAGUUGUCUAUGUUCAUCAUUAAUGUUUGCUUCAAAUCGACAACGAUUUCUAAAAGGUGAAGGACCUCAUCUUAUGAAUAUUAUGCUUAAAGAACGAAAAGCUUCACGUAAUGGUGCAUUAAGAACAUUAGAUUUUGCUAUGACAGGUGUUGAAGGAAAAGAUAAUUGUCAAAAAAUUGUUGAUAUACUUGGUUUACGUACAAUAUUUCCAUUAUUUAUGAAACCACCUAAAGGAAAUAAACGAUCUGGUGAAACUCGAACAGAAAAUGAAGAACAUGUUAUAUCAUGUAUAGCUUCAUUAGUAAGAAAUUGUACUGGUUCAAAUCGUCAACGUGUAUUUAAUAAAUUUACAGAAAAUGAUCAUGAAAAAGUUGAUCGUUUAAUGGAAUUACAUUUUCAAUAUUAUGAACGUGUUCAAGCAGUUAAUAAUGAUGAAGAAGAUGAUGAUGACGAUGAAAUUUAUCUUCGACGAUUAGAUGCUGGAUUAUUUACUUUACAAUUAAUUGAUUAUAUUAUUAUUGAAAUAGCUUCAUCAACAACAAGUAUUCCAUCAAUACGACAACGUGUUUUACAAAUUCUUAAUUUAAGAAAUAGUUCUAUUGAUACUAUUAAAAAUAUAAUACGUGAAUAUGCAAAAAAUUUGGGAAAUACAAAAAAAUCAACAAAUCUUGAACAUAUAUCAACAGAUGGAACAAGCAAUGGAAAUAAUGAAGAUUUACAUAAACAACAUUUAUUAGAUUUACUUGAAAGAUUCUAA